AUGGCCAACCCUAGAGUCGAGGAACUCCCCGAUGAGGAGCAGAUUACCAAGCCCACCGUCGAGGACGACGACAGCUCCGACUCGGAGAUCGAGACUGGCGAUGGCCCCUCCGGCUCCUCUGUCCAGAUCCACAGCCGCAACGAGAAGAAGGCUCGCAAGGCCAUAGAGAAGCUGCACCUCCAGAAGGUCCCCGGCAUCACCCGUGUCACCCUUCGCCGACCCAAGAACAUCCUGUUUGUUAUCAACAGCCCCGAGGUUUACAAGUCGCCCAACAGCAACACCUACAUUGUCUUCGGUGAGGCCAAGAUUGAGGACCUCAACUCUGCUGCCCAGCAGGCUGCCGCACAGCAGCUCGCUGCCGCUGGAGAGCACUCUCACGACGACCACGCCGGCCACGACCACGGUAAGGCCGAAGAGUCUGCCAAGAAGGACGAUGAUGAGGACGAUGGCGAGGAGGUCGAUGCUGAGGGUCUCGAGGAUAAGGACAUUGAACUCGUCAUGACCCAGGCCGGUGUCUCCCGCAAGAAGGCCGUCAAGGCACUGAAGGAGAACGACAACGAUAUAGUGAACUCCAUCAUGGCUCUAAGCGUUUAG